AUGGGUAAAGGGAAGAAAGAAGACGAUGCGGAUCUCCGAAAGGAGGUCGAAAUGACCGAGCACAAGGAUUCGAUUGAAAAAGUUGCCGAGCAGUUUGAGCUCGAUUUGGAAAAAGGACUUACCGAGGAACAAGUUCUAGAGAGACGACUGCGCGACGGGUACAACGAGCUGACUCCCCCCGAAACGACGCCUGAAUGGAUCAAGUUCUGCAUGAAUCUUUUCGGUGGCUUCUCAACCCUUCUCUGGAUCGGUUCCAUUUUGUGCUUCAUCGCUUACGGCUUCGAAGUCAAUACUCAAGAAGAGCCUCUUCCCGAUAAUCUCUACCUUGGUUCUGUUUUGGCCGCUGUUGUUAUUAUUACUGGCGUUUUUCAGUACAUGCAAGAAUCUAAAUCCGCCGCGAUCAUGGACAGCUUCAAAAACCUCGUGCCCCAGCAAGCCCUCGCCUUCCGAGACGGUGAAAAAACCUCCAUCUCCGCUCGUGAACUCGUCCUUGGCGACAUUGUCGAGGUCAAAGGAGGCGAUCGAAUUCCCGCUGACUUGCGAAUCAUCUCCGCUUCUUCCAUGAAAGUCGACAACUCUUCGCUUACAGGCGAGUCUGAGCCCCAGCCGCGCGAUGCUGAAGAUUCCGAAGUGGAAGUCCUUGAGUCGAGAAAUCUUGCGUUUUUCUCGACCAACUGUAUUGAAGGAUCCGCCCGGGGAAUUGUCAUCCGAUGUGGUGAUAAUACUGUUAUGGGUAGAAUUGCUGCCCUUGCUUCCAACGUCGACUCUGGUGAUACUCCCAUCGCCCAGGAAAUCGAGCGAUUCAUCCACAUCAUCACCGCCGUCGCUGUCUUCCUCGGCGUCACCUUCUUCAUCUUCGCCAUGAUCCUCGACUACACCGUCAUCGAAGCCAUCAUCUUCCUCAUCGGCAUCAUCGUCGCCAAUGUCCCCGAAGGUCUCCUCGCUACUGUCACUGUCUGCCUGACUCUCACCGCCCAGCGAAUGGCGAAAAAGAACUGCUUGGUCAAGAACCUCGAAGCUGUCGAAACUCUUGGCUCAACUUCUACCAUUUGCUCCGACAAGACCGGAACAUUGACGCAAAAUCGAAUGACAGUCGCUCACAUGUGGUUCGAUGAUGAAAUCAAGGAAGCGGAUACUACUGAAGAUCAAACUGGCGAAAACUGCGACUACAAAGAUGCCCCUACUUGGAAAUCUCUCGGCCGAACCGCUGCUCUUUGCAAUCGAGCUGUCUUCCUUGCUGGCGAAGAUGGGCCAAUCCUAAAACGAGAAACUGCUGGAGACGCGUCUGAAUCUGCCCUUCUCAAAUGCUGCGAAAUCAUGAUGGGUUCUGUCGAGGACUACCGAGCUGCGAACCCAAAGGUCUCCGAAAUCCCCUUCAACUCUACAAACAAGUGGCAGCUUUCCAUCCACGAAAUCGAAGGCGAAUCUCGACAACUGUUGGUCAUGAAGGGAGCUCCAGAGCGAAUUCUCUCCCGCUGCUCGAAAAUUCUCAUCAAAGGCAAUGAACAGGCGAUGAGCUCUGAGUGGGAGGAAAAAUUCACGACUGCUUAUGAAACUCUCGGUGGUAUGGGUGAACGAGUCUUGGGUUUUGCUCACCUUUGGCUUGACGCUGAUGCCUUCCCUAAAGGAUUCAACUUCGACACAGACGCCAUGAACUUUCCCAACGGAGAUUUGGAAAAUGAUCCCAACAGUGGUUUGACUUUUGUUGGUUUGAUGUCGAUGAUCGACCCUCCUCGAGCUGCUGUGCCAGAUGCUGUGGCCAAAUGCCGAUCUGCUGGUAUCAAGGUCAUCAUGGUCACUGGUGAUCAUCCAAUUACAGCAAAGGCGAUUGCUGAAUCCGUCGGAAUCAUUUCCGACAAUUGUCAGACUGUCGACGACAUCGCUGCCGAGCGAGGUUGUGCUGUCGAAGAUGUUGAUCCAUCUGAAGCCCGAGCUAAGGUUGUUCAUGGAACUAUGCUGAAAGACAUGACAGACGAAGACAUUGACAACAUUCUCCGAAAUCACGACGAAAUCGUCUUUGCCCGAACCUCUCCCCAGCAGAAACUCAUCAUUGUCGACGGAUGCCAGCGAGCCGGACAGGUUGUGGCUGUCACUGGUGAUGGAGUCAAUGAUUCACCUGCGCUCAAAAAGGCUGAUAUCGGUGUUGCCAUGGACGUUUCAAAACAAGCUGCCGAUAUGAUUCUUCUGGACGACAACUUUGCCUCCAUCGUCACUGGUGUCGAGGAAGGCCGACUUAUUUUUGACAACUUGAAGAAAUCCAUCGCUUACACCCUUACUUCCAACAUCCCAGAGAUCACCCCCUUUUUGGUGUUUAUGAUGCUCCAGAUACCAUUGCCCCUUGGAACUGUUACGAUCCUCUGCAUUGAUUUGGGAACUGAUCUUCUUCCAGCGAUUUCUUUUGCUUACGAAAAGGCAGAGUCUGACAUCAUGAAGCGAAACCCACGAAACAAGUUCACUGACAGACUUGUCAACGAGCGCCUUAUCUCCAUGGCAUACGGUCAAAUCGGUUUCAUCCAAGCUCUCGCCGGCUUCGUCUGCUACGUCUGGAUCAUGCAAGACAACGGCUUCCACCCAACUGACCUCCUCGGCCUCCGAUCCUUCUGGGACGACAAACAUACUCAGUCGGUCACGGAUUCCUACGGCCAGCAAUGGGCGUACUCUCAGCGAAAGAUCCUCGAGUUCACUUGCCACACCAUGUUCUUCACCGCGAUCGUCAUCGUCCAGUGGGCAGAUGUGAUCAUUUGCAAGACCCGACGACUUUCUCUUUUCAAGCAGGGAAUCCUGGAGAACCGCGUUCUCAUCUACGGCCUCAUCGAAGAAACUAUCCUCGCUACUUUCUUGGCCUACACUCCCGGAACUGAUGUUCUUCGAAUGUAUCCUCUUGAGUGGCUUUGGUGGCUCAUUCCUAUGCCAUUUUCAUUGAUCAUCUUCCUCUACGAUGAAAUCCGAAAGUUCCUCAUCCGAAGAAAUCCUGGCGGAUGGGUCGAAAACGAAACUUAUUAUUAA